CGUGUGCAGCGCCGAGGUCGCGGCGCUCGCCGACUUCUCAGGUUACCUAACCAAACUUCUGCAAAAUCAUACUGCCUAUGCCUGCGAUGGGGAACAUCUGAGUCUGCACUGUCCUCGGCAUUCAACAAUAAGUGUUCAGUCAGCAUUUUAUGGGCAAGAUUACCACAUGUGCAGCACUCGGGAGCCUGAAAACAGGAUGACAGAACCUAUAAACUGUGUGGCACCCACCUCAUUGCAGAAAGUACUGGAUGAAUGCCAAAACCUGAGAUCCUGCCAGCUCCUUGUCAAUAGUCGGGUUUUUGGACCUGAUCUGUGUCCAGGGACCACUAAAUUCCUCCUUGUCUCCUUUAAAUGCAAACCUACUGAAUACAAAACCAAAUCAGCAUGUGAAAACCAGGAACUGAAACUCCACUGUCAGGAGUCCAAAUUCCUUAUCAUCUACUCUGCCACCUAUGGCAGACGGGCACAUGAGGAGAAUGUCUGCGCAACAGAGGUGGAGCGCGUCCCCCCCUUUGACUGCUUGUCAUACACGGCGCUAGAGGUCUUAUCAAAAAGGUGUUCUGGGAAACAGAGAUGCAAAGUCAUUGUCUCUAGCCAGGAUUUUGGAAGUCCAUGCCUGCCUGGAGUGACCAAACACCUGAACGUCAGCUAUGCAUGCGUUCCUAAAUUGAUCCUCACGGCAGUCAACCCCCUGGCCACUGACAGUAAGUCUUCUGUAAAACAGAACAAUGGUAUGUACGGUGUUGACCUUGAUCCAAAGGAAUCAAGACUUCCAAAGAAAGAUGGAACUAUUGUUAGCAACUCCUUGGCUACAUUUGCAUACCUUAGAGAUCACCCUGAAAGAGCAGCACUCCUGUUUAUGUCCAGUGUUUGUGUGGGCUUAAUCUUCACACUCUGUGCAUUGGUGAUCUGCGUGUGGUGCUCGAAGGACAUCAAGAAAUUGCACAGAAAGAAGAAUCAAUUAGUGCCAGGAAGUGACAGAGCAUACGAGAACAGUGAAAAUGAGGAGCAGGAGGAAGACUCCUCUGAUUCGGAUGUCCAGGAUGAGGUAGCAGAACUUUACAGACCUUCUUACUCAGGUUAUAAUUCAACAGAGGCUGCAGAACUGGCCGAAAGGAUAGAGCGCAGGGACCAGAUCAUCCAAGAGAUUUGGAUGAACAGUGGCUUGGAUAUGACACCUCCCAGAAAUAUGAAUACAUUUUAUAUUAAUGAACCAUAAAUGGCUUAUUUUGGAUGAUGCCCUAGCUGUUUUUUAUAAAAAAGAAAUGUACCUUCUGUGAAGGAACAUUUGUAUCAGUGCAUAUAAUUAUUUGUGAGGUAAGACAAAAUGUAUGCAAUAAAAGGAGAGU